GCCACUGAAGAACACACAACUGUAUACAACUUUUCUCCGAGAAAUAAAAGGAUCCACAGCCGAGAAUAAGUGAAAAAAGUGAUUUUUUUGAAAGAAAAAGAAUUUGUGUGCGAAUCGAGAGUUCAAAUCCAGGCUCAACGUUGAUUAAAAUCAGUAAUUUGUCGUGGCAUCGGUACCUAGAGUUAGGACCGAGAGCCACUCUUUUUGGAGGGCCAUGGCGGGUUUGAAGGAUGAGGAUAAAGCCCUCUUCCCCGUACGAAGUAUAUCAUCGAUUGUACAAAUAUUUGAGAAACAAUUGUCCAAUAAUAAUAUCGAGCCUGAUCUGGCAUUGCUAUCGAUACUCGUUGGUGCUGUUGAGAAUUCAUUAACCUGCAAUCGUACUAUUGCGUCGCAGGAGAGUACUGUUUACGACGAGCCAAAACUUCCAGCAGUUGAGUUCAACAUCGCUGAGACACUCUACUCAAAAUUCCACGCUAUCGUCAAAGGGGCUGUUGAUUUGUCAAUUCACGAGGAGAAAUACGCAACUAGAGAAUUAGUUAAGAGAGUGUCUGAUGUCAUAUGGAACUCGUUAACCAGGAGUUAUUACAAGGACAGAGCACAUCUUCAGAGUCUCUACAGUUAUUUAACAGCUAAUAAAUUGGAUUGUUUUGGUGUUGCUUUUGCUGUUGUGGCUGGAUGCCAGGUGUUGGGUUUCAAUGAUGUACAUUUGGCGAUGUCUGAGGAUCAUGCCUGGGUGGUUUGUGGUGAAAAUGGAGAUGAGACUGUCGAGGUUACCUGGCAUGGUAAGGGUAAUGAGGAUAAACGUGGACAGCCUGUGGAGGCAGGAAUAGCCUCUCGUUCCUGGUUGUAUGUUAAUGGUAACGCUGUUGUAUGCAACAGAGCGAUGGAAGUUGCAACUAUAGUAUCAGCAAUAAAUCCUAGUCUGAGUGCAACAGCAGAUGCUGCCGAAGUGGCACUUCUGCAGCAGGAACUUUUGUGGUUGUUGUACGACUUGGGACAUUUGGCAAAAUAUCCAAUGGCUUUGGGUAAUCUCGGUGACUUGGAAGAGGCUGCACCAACGCCUGGGAGACCUCCAGCUAUUGUUCUUUUUCAGGAGGCAAUACGAUCUGCAAGAAAGUAUUACGGCAAUGCUCAUGUUUAUCCUUAUACUUAUCAGGGUGGUUAUCUCUAUCGACAUGGACUUCAUGCAAAUGCACUUGCCUCGUGGGCUGAUGCUGCUGACGUACUGAGAAAGUACGAUUAUUCUCGAGACGACGGAGAAAUUUACAAAGAAUUACUGGAAAUAGCGAAUGAAUUAAUUCCUCAUACAGUUCGAGCUGACGAGCGUCUCCUGCGUCAGCCUCGAUGUUUCGCGUACCUUUUGCGUUUUUACGACGGAAUUUGCCAGUGGGAAGAGGGUGCAAACACUCCAGUACUCCAUAUUGGCUGGGCCAGACCCCUGGUUAACACAAUAUCAAAGUUCGAUGCAUGUAUCAGAGCUCAGGUAAUCAUCGAGUGUCAUGAGACCGAAUUACAAAUGAAUUUUGUGCACGAUGAUGAGAAUCAUCAUACGAGAGAGUCUCGCAGGGAUUCCAAUUUGGAUGAAGGCAAUCAUCACAACAAUGAUAAUCACAUGAACAACAACAAUAACAAUACUACAACUAGCAAUAACAAUAAUAAUAAUAAUUAUUGUAAGACGAAGGAGAGGUCGAGUGCAGCGAGGGAUUUGAUUGCGAGUUUAGAAUCAAAAGUUCAGUCGACGAAUCCUGCACCGAUGCAUCCGGGCAUUCAGGCGUUGACAGCUGCAUGUAGUGAAAAAAUACUUAACAGGGAUUAUCUGCUCCAGGGCGAUGGAGAGCCUUUUGUUGCACCUCAGGAGACUUCAUUACCUCCAACUCCAUCGACAUCUCAGGAAACACUAGAUCCUGAAGUUGAAGAGGACUCGGAGAACGAAAACCCCAGGAUAACUCUGUAUAGUGAAAAAAUGAAGGGUCUUAAAGAUUUAUUACUUGCUGAGAAAUUAAAUACACAUGCAAUUUCUCUGCAAUUGACAGCGCAGAGUCAAGUGCAAAUUGGGAAGAAAACCAGAGGCAAUGAUGAUCUUGGUGUUCAUCAGCGACCCAAGAGGACACGUCGCGAAUAAUAUAUUCGACAGGGUAUUUAUUAUUGUCUAUCUCACUUUUAUCGUAGCAAAGUGGUCGGGAACAGGAGACAAAUACGAGAGAAGUAAUAGACCGAGUCACUGUUUUGUGAACAUCUCUCGAUUUGUUUUCCUUUCACUUUAGAAAUCACGGAUUUAAGUUUCCAUCGGUUUUAUGGUUAUUUCUCAAGUUUCUGGGAGAUCCCCAGAAAUUGAGAAACGAGACUACAAAAUAUUCAAUUCAUUUCAUGAAUAGCAUUUUUUUUUCGCAGAAGUUCAAUUGAUUGAUUUUUGCGUUUCCCGAGGAAUUUCUCGAGAUCUCUUUAAUUCUCCGGUUCUGGACCACUCGAUUGCUAUUUUUAUUUCGACUUGGCAUCACUUCUGAGGGACUUUGUCUCUAUGAAUUUUCAUUUUGGUGCUCAUAUCUCCUGUGACGACAGAAAACUUGCUUCCGCUAUUUUGCCAGCCAGUAUAUAAAGAAAAAAGAAAUAAUCUCUAUGAUUUAUUUAGGUACGGGAACAACGCUUAGCUGUUUGUUAGAUAUUAAUCGUGUGUAGAAAAGUACAAAACAAAUUUCUCUUACUUUCGUUUUAAUUAGUCAUUUAAUGAGAUGUAAAAAAGAAAAUAUGAGAAGGAGUUAGUUGGUGAAACUGAGAUUUAUUUUUAUUGGGUAUAUUUAUUGAUGGAGAAAGAGCGAUUCUAUCAACGUCAAAAUGUUUCUCUGAUGAUACCUUUUUAAUAACUUAUUUAUUGAAGGAGAACAAAAAAAAAAUUAAUUUAUGAAUAAGGUAGUGAGAUUGUUUUUUACAUUCCGUUCCAAUCAUCAACUCGCGAUAAACGUGAGUGUUUCUUAGAUUAUAAACACCUUUCUUUCGAUGAAUUACGCGCAUUGGAGGCUACUCUCUUUAAUAUUCGUCUAUUUAUUCUGUAAUUUAUUUCUCGCACUUCGCUACUUAAAUAAUUCAGUUACAAUACUGUUUCCGCCGAAUCUCGUGUAUCAAACAACAUCGCAUUUCUUUUAAUUUUUCCUCAAAUUAAAUUGAAUCCCUCCCAAAAUUCAGUUGGGAAAAAACUGAAAUUGAUUUUAAAAAAAUGAAUUGGUUGUAAGUGGAUUGUUGUAGAAUAACUGUUGACAGAAACCGAGGUGGGAGCUCAUUUCCAUACUGACAAAAAAAAAAUCUACAGAGAUCACACCUCAGUGAAAUAAGAAAUAUUAUGAUAAUUAAUUCACGAUUGAAGUGAAUUAAUUAAAUGCGUUAAUGGCGCUAUCUUGCUGUGAUGCUGUUAUACUGUACGAUAGUACUAUUGAUAUGACUGAGAUGUUGAGAGGCGCAGCCCGAGAUAAAGGAAGUAAAAGGAAAAAAAGCAAAAGAAGUAAAGAAUGUAAGUUGCUAUAAAUUGAUGAAUAAAGUUAAUGAAGAUUGUUUGAAAAAAAAACA